UGAAAAGGCUUAAUCAGUUUCAAUCCAUAAAACUGACCUCACAAAUUCAUUCCACCCGCAUCUGGCAGGAAAGCCAAGCAACUGGCAAAGGAACAAUGAUCUACAUUUCUUUGCAGGGUCCUGCCCACCCUUGGGAGCAGACAUAUUACUAGCUACCAGAAGUUGAGAGAAGAGGGCUCUCUUUCCUAGUAUAAGUUAGUUGGCGUUGCCAUACUAGCCAGAGCUACCGUACGAUAUUGUCGCAAAAGCAGAUUGAAUAGUCCGAUUAGAAAUAAGUGAGAAACAACAAACAUGAGAGACCACGUCGAGAUGUGGGCCCUGCUGGGGUUUUCGUUGCUCAAUAUCAGCUAUCUGAGAGCACCGAGUGUGCUGCAUCAAUGGAUCGAAAGCAUUGCGAGUCAAAAUUCCCGACAUCUGCGAGAAAACAACAUCAACCACAAACGAGGAGCUCAGUAUGAAAUCACCACCACCAACUAUGGCUGGAACACUCCGGCUGAUUUGAACUUUAGUCGCCGCAUCGUCACGAGUGAAUUCUUCAAUGCCACCAAGCAACAUUCGCAUUACAAUGCAUCCGCAUGGGCCGACUUGGAAGCAAAUCCCGAUCCCAAUCGAACGCUGGUAGUGUAUUUGGAUGUCGACUCGUGUUUUGACUUUCUCUACCCCAAAUACGUCGGCAACAAGUGGUGGGUCAAUGCCGAAGGAGAAGCGUGGGGACGACACAGUGGCGGCGGAUACAAGAAACCCAUUCAACAAUCGUGUCAGUACAUUUGGCGGGCGGCACAAUCCCCAGCGCUGACGGCCAACCCCAAGUCUCGAUUGGUGGUACUCAAUUGUUUUGGUUUUCGCAAGGACAAUCUCAAGCAAAUCUGUGGCCGUCAAGACGGACAGUUUUCCAAGGACAUUGUGCAAAACAACCAUCAAGUCGUCUUUGCCAGUUACAGUGAAACCAAGUCUAACGCACGCCCAAAUCAUGACUUGGGAUUGGCGCCUCCGGCCGUCAAACCGGUCGAUCUCACGGCACAGGAUCGAGCUGACAUUGAAGAUUGUCGUCCACGAAAGUUCCUCUUUUCCUUUCAAGGGAGGGGUGGAUAUGGACGUGAGAAACUGGCUGAAGCAGCCAUUAAUCAUACGGAUGACAUGUUUGUGAGACUGGCACAUCAAAAGGAUUACGCAGAUGAUCGCAUGAAUAGAAACGUGGAUACUCUUGGGUACCGCGAGUUGCUGCUCAACUCAACCUUUGGUGGGACGCCCAAAGGAGACUCCUUGUACUCCUAUCGAUUCACCGAGACAAUGUCAGCAGGGACCAUCCCGGUUGUGUAUGCCGAUGAUUGGUUGCCACCAUUCAAUGAACAUGUUGUUCGGUGGGAAGAUGCUGCAGUGUUUAUUGAAGAAAAGGACGCACUCAGGACAAGAGAGAUUCUAAAAGCCAUUCCAAAGGAGCGUGUUUGUGAAAUGCAAAAGUAUGUCUUGCACGUCUAUGACACCUACUUGGCCAAUCGAGCAGGGUGGGUGCGGGGGCUGACCAAGGCAGCACUUGCACAAAGCAACAUUACAUUGAAUGAGAUGGAUCAGUGAAGAGAGCAGAUACAUGGCCCUUCAAUGAGUGCAUUUGUAAAUAGUAAAGAACAAGACAACAAGGAAAACCUGUAGUUGCUCCUGUUUUGCUUUGGCAUCAGAGAAGCAUAGACGGCUCACAAGCAUAUUGCAAGGGACCAUUCCACAAUUGAACGCAUGUCUCCAUAGCUUGAGCACAUUCAGCCCGACGGGGGUUCAAUGAACCACCUCUUCCAACCCGACUUUCAUGGUUGCUCAAAGCAACUUCAAUGCUUUCUCUGGCCUGCGCUCCUCAUCCAUCCGUGUGCGCUUUCUACGUCGGGUAUCGGCUCGUUUCUGCGUGGAAUCUCCCGCCGCGACGCUCCAUUGUGCUGGUGUUUCACGCAAGAGGCCGUAAAGGAGGCUUACAUCCCCGGCGAUUGGAUACUCCCUUGCGUAGUAUUGGCCUUCUUCGGAGCCCUCAAUCACUUGUUGAAGACGCGAGACGAAUUGCUCCAGCGAAAGUUGCAUUUGGCGAACCUCUCCGCGGCCCAAAUGAUUCAGUUCCAGGUAAUAGUAUAUACUCGAAUAGCCCCAUGGGCACGCUGAUGAUUCAGGAGUAAAGUUCGAACCAUUGCACGAGAAGUGAAGCAAGGUAGUGUUGUGAUCCCCCAGUAAUGCCGCUAGUCUUUCGAAGUGCUG